CAUUUCAAGCUUGACGUGUCCACUUUACUUUCGUAUUUUCGGCGGCGUAAACCAACUGCUGUAACACUAAACCAUUUCGGUUUGUACUAAAUCUUUUGUGGUCACGCUAAACCAUUUCAUUUUACGGUGAGUAGAUUGAUACAAUGCUAAGCCUUUGCGGCUUACGAUUAACCAUUUGCCGAUAACUUAAGCCAUUUCACUCGACUCUGAACCGUUUGUGUCAAGUCACUGAACCAAAGUACAGUCAGCUGAACCGUUUGUCAUUUUGACACUGACCCAUUUCAGUUAACACUUGGCCAAUCGUGUUUUUAUUGAAUCAGUUCAACAAAGGUGGCUUCACAGUAUAAACCAUUUUUUGUUUGAAUAUUUCAAUUCACUAAAGGCGACUAGUCCAUUUGUACUUUAAAUAAAUCUCUUGAGAUAAGAUAAACCGUUCUCCAAAAGACCAUUAGACCAUUUCUGUUUAUUACAAUCCAUCUAUUAUGCCUGUAUUUUUUGCGGUGACGGCCGCCCAUUUUAGCUCCUUGUUAGGUCAGCGACCAGACCGCUGACAAGGAGCCAAAACGAUCCCAAGAUCUAGAUUAACCUUUCCUCUUUCUAGCCACGCGCGACCCAGCGCGAGAUCUAACACAUGCGGGAGAAAUGGCCGCAGCUCAAAUUUUCGGUGUGGGUGAAAACUGUAAACCAUCGUGGGGAGAUGCUGCAGCAGAUUAUGAUGAAGCAGACGAGCAUUUGGAAAUCAUGGGGAAACCUGUCAUGGAAAGAUGGGAAACCCCUUACAUGCAUAAACUGGCUUCAAUAGCUGCGUCGAAAGGUGGACGGGUACUUGAGCUCGGCUUUGGAAUGGCGAUUUCAGCGACGAAAAUCCAGACUUUUCCCAUAGACGAGCAUGUUAUCGUUGAAUGCAAUGAUAACGUCUUUAAACGGCUGGAGAAAUUUGCCCAAGUAGCUGAAAGGAAAGUAACUGCGUUGAAAGGCUUGUGGGAAGAUGUUGUUCCUGCCUUACCCAAUGGUUCAUUUGAUGGCAUUAUGUAUGAUACAUACCCCUUGUCAGAAGAAACAUGGCACACACAUCAGUUUAAUUUUAUCAAAGACCAUGCCUUCAGACUUCUGAAGCCAGGUGGAGUUCUGACAUACUGCAACCUGACUUCAUGGGGUGAAUUGUUAAAGACAAAAUACAAUGAUAUCGAAAAGAUGUUUGAGGAGACACAAGUUCCAGAGUUACUCACAUGUGGGUUCCUUAGAGAACACAUAUCAACUGAAGUCAUAGAGGUUGAUGUGGCACCAGAUUGCCGCUACUAUAGCAACAGGGAAAUGAUUGCUCCCACAAUCAUUAAGAAGUGAAACUGGCUUAAAGUCUUCAGCUCAUUUCCAUGAAUUUUUUAGGGUGUACUUGACACAUUUUAUUAUGAACUGUAAAUCUAAUAUUUAUGCAAGUGAUAUGCAGCAUCCAUUUCAUUUCUAAUGAAUUCCUAGGAGAAUAGAUUAUUGUCAGGGGAAGUUAUAAAUGUUUUUGUGGCUCUUGGUUCAUGUUACUACAACAAUAGGAAUAUUAUUGCUCCUAUUUUUGUGAAGUAUUAAAAUAAGGUUUAGAGAAUGUUA